AAAUCGCGCCGGCCGGCUGCGCGAGCCACACCGUCUGAGAGCUGAGCCGCCGUAGACGUUCUCGGAGCAACCGAACCGCAGCCCGUCCUCCGCUCACGGUCUCCUGUGAAAGCCUGAGCGGCUUGUGGUUCUCUAUCUGGGGACUGCAUGUGGCAGAGUCUAGAGCUGCACUGUCCCGUGGGGGAGUUACCAAAUGCCUGUGGCAAGUCCGAGCCUUGAGCUGUGCUGUAAGCUUACAGGACACGCAAGAUUUUGAAGAAUUGGUAUGAAAAAAAGAAUGUGAAGUAGCCAUCAACACUCUUACUGACAAAGCAAAAUGAUAAAAAAGGGAAAUUCUUUUUCUCUCCCCCCCCGUCUUAGAGCUUCUCCCUUUGUCUCAUAACCAUGUCCACCAACGAGAAUGCUAAUUCGCCAGCUGCCCGCCUUAACAGAUUCAAGAACAAGGGGAAAGACAGUACAGAAAUGAGGCGGCGCCGAAUAGAAGUUAAUGUGGAGCUGAGGAAAGCUAAGAAGGAUGACCAGAUGCUGAAAAGGAGAAAUGUGAGCUCCUUUCCCGAUGAUGCUACGUCUCCACUGCAGGAAAACCGCAACAACCAGGGCACUGUAAAUUGGUCUGUUGAGGACAUUGUCAAAGGCAUAAAUAGCAACAAUUUGGAAAGCCAGCUCCAAGCUACUCAGGCUGCAAGGAAACUGCUUUCUAGGGAAAAACAGCCACCCAUAGACAACAUAAUCCGGGCUGGUUUGAUCCCAAAAUUUGUGUCCUUCUUGGGCAGAACUGAUUGUAGUCCCAUCCAGUUUGAAUCUGCUUGGGCCCUCACUAACAUUGCUUCUGGGACUUCGGAACAGACCAAGGCUGUAGUAGAUGGAGGUGCUAUUCCAGCAUUCAUUUCUCUGUUGGCAUCUCCCCACGCUCACAUCAGUGAACAAGCCGUAUGGGCUCUAGGAAAUAUUGCAGGUGAUGGUUCAGUUUUCCGAGACUUGGUUAUCAAGUAUGGUGCAGUUGACCCACUGUUGGCUCUUCUUGCAGUUCCUGAUAUGUCAUCUUUAGCAUGUGGUUACUUACGUAAUCUGACCUGGACACUUUCAAACCUUUGUCGCAACAAGAAUCCUGUACCCCCAUUAGAUGCUGUUGAGCAGAUUCUUCCUACUUUAGUUCGUCUCCUGCAUCAUGAUGAUCCAGAAGUAUUAGCAGAUAGCUGCUGGGCCAUUUCCUACCUUACUGAUGGUCCAAAUGAACGGAUUGAAAUGGUUGUGAAAACAGGAGUUGUGCCCCAACUUGUGAAGCUCCUAGGAGCUACUGAAUUGCCAAUUGUGACUCCUGCGCUAAGAGCCAUAGGAAAUAUUGUCACUGGGACAGAUGAACAGACGCAGGUUGUAAUAGAUGCAGGAGCACUUGCCAUCUUUCCCAGCCUACUAAUGAACUCCAAAACUAAUAUUCAGAAGGAAGCUACAUGGACAAUGUCAAACAUCACAGCUGGCCGCCAGGACCAGAUACAGCAAGUUGUGAAUCAUGGAUUAGUCCCAUUCCUCAUUGUUGUUCUUUCUAAGGCAGACUUUAAGACACAAAAGGAAGCUGUAUGGGCUGUGACCAACUAUACAAGUGGUGGAACAGUUGAACAAAUUGUAUACCUCGUUCAUUGUGGCAUAAUAGAACCACUGAUGAACCUCUUAACUGCGAAAGAUACCAAAAUUAUUCUGGUUAUUCUGGAUGCCAUUUCAAAUAUAUUUCAGGCUGCUGAGAAACUAGGUGAAACUGAGAAACUGAGUAUAAUGAUUGAAGAAUGUGGAGGUUUGGACAAAAUUGAAGCUCUACAAAACCAUGAAAAUGAGUCGGUGUACAAAGCGUCACUAAACUUGAUUGAGAAAUAUUUUUCUGUAGAGGAAGAGGAAGAUCAAAAUGUUGUGCCAGAAACUACCUCUGAAGGUUAUACAUUCCAAGUUCAGGAUGGCACUCCUGGGACCUUUAACUUUUAGAUUGUACAACUGAGGCAUAAAGUUGUUUGUUGUGUACUAUGUUUGGUAUAAGUACGUCUUACUGUUUCUCUACUAAGAACUCUUUUUAAAUGUGGUUUGUUAUUGUAGCACUUUUUACAACGAAUCUAUACUUGAACAGUUCCAAACUGUACAUACUGUAUGAAGCUUCUACUCUCAGUGAGUUUCUUCUAUGUGGAAUUGCACAUCUUGCAGUCUCCUGUAAAUAAAGAUUAAAUUCCACCAUUUA